UAGGUUAUGUCAAAUGUGGCUCUAUGACAAGAAGAUAUUCAAAAUUUUCUAAAUUAAUCGUGAAAAGUUAAAUAAUUUUCUUAAAAUUUUAGAAAGGAAUUAUUUGAGGAAGAUGAACAGCAUUAGCGAAUCUUGCAUCGAUUUAAAGAGAGAAUACGAUGCCUGUUUUAAUACAUGGUUUUCAGAGCACUUUUUGAAAGGAAAUUAUGAUGAUUCAAUGUGUUCAACACUCCUGAAAACAUAUCAACAAUGUGUGAAGAAAGCAAUGAAAGAGCAGAAUAUUGAUGUAAGAGAAGUUCAACGUGAUAUUCUAGGCACCGAAAAUGAACAGAAAACACCUGACAAGUGAAGUAAAUAUUGCUAAAGGGUUACUUGAAUAUAUAAUUUAUUUACAUACUGUGUUCAGUUAAUGUAAGGAAUGCUAUUUUGUUUACCCAUUAUGAAAAUCAAAAAGAUGUCAAAAUAUUCAUCUGGGUGAAACUAAUUUUGCUGAGUAUUUUGUACCUGAAAUAUAUGUACUACAAUUUACCUGCACUCAAA